UGUCCAGCCAGAUGCUGCAACUUGGACACAGCAUCAAAGCUGUGAUCACUCAUCUCCACAAUUGCCUUCCCCAGAUAAGAGGAGCAGCACAUGCUGUGCUAACACCAAGAAACGACUGAAGCUUGAAAUAAACUCAGAGCUCUAUUGAAGAAUGCUCAGUUGAAGAACUGCAGAUGUCAACUAUUAGUAAGAGUGACGCUUAUUAAAGAGAUGUAGAUGCAAAACACUCUGCAGUAUCAGAACGAGUUUCGGACUGCAUUGUGAGGUCGGGUGCUACACUGCCAUGUUCUCCACACAAGCAGCGCCACGGAAUCUUUUGCUGGGAGGAAGCUGAAGAGGAACGUAGCCGGAGGCUCCCGUUCCUGAAGCAAACCCCGUCCCCCCAGGCCGGACUCUUGGGCCGGGAACAGGCGCAUGCGAGCUCCGCGCCGUUGGCUGCUCUGUCCCGCCGGGCCGGCGUUCCGGCGGAAGGGGCGGGCGGCAGCAGCGGCAACGUGGGGCAGCCAUGGGCCGCAAGAAGAAUAAGAAGGGUCCGGGGGGACGCGAGGGGCGGCUGGUGGUGACUUUCGACGAGGAGCGGCGAAGGGAGUACCUGACCGGCUUCCAUAAGCGGAAGGUAGAGCGGAGGAAGGCGGCGCUGGAGGAGAUCAAACGGAAACUGAAGGAAGAGCAGAGGAAAAUGAAAGAGGAGCGGCACCAGGAGUACCUGAAGAUGCUGAGCGAGAGGGAGGAGGCGCUCGAGGAGGCUGAUGAACUGGAGCACUUGGUGACAUCGCGGACAGAGUCUGUGAACAUCGACCACCCAAACCACAUUGUAACAGUGACCACCAUCAGCGACCUGGACCUCUCGGGGGCACGCCAGCUGGGACUGACCAGCCCCGUGGGAAAAACUGAUGGAUCUGAAGAAGAGAAGGGGGAAGAGGUGGUGAACAAGCCUGUGAGAACAAUGCCCAAGAAGUCCAGAAACCCCUUCCUGUCUGAAAAGGUGUGCACACAGAGCUGUUCUCCAGAGUGUGUUAAGGGGGAGGGUAUGAUCUCAACACUGACAGCAGCAGCACAAUUUCUGCUAGAGGGAGGCUCUGGAGGGAACCAGGCCACACACGACACACGUGCCUGUGGACACAGUGCCUUGUGGAGUGACUGUGGACAGAAGGUGACCUGUAUGCUUCCUCACCCGAGGAGUUUGCUCUGGAGCUGGGAUGGCCACUGUAAAAGAAAUGUACUAUCUGUUUGAGAAAUCUGCUGGAGUGUGGAGUGUGGAAUGUGGAUCAGUUGCCUUCCCCAGCCUGUAGGCAGCCUGGCAUGGUAGCUGGGACAGAGCUGGAUGACCUCAUUGUAUUCCGGAUGAGGUGCUACAUUUUUGUCAUUUUACUGCCAGGUGAUCUAGAAGAUUCUCACUUUUAGUUUGCUGUUUCCCUAGCCUAAUAACAUUUUUGAGCCUUUCUCAAGUGUUAGCUGAAGUCUCCAACAGCCCCUUCCACGCUCUGAAAUCUUUCAGUUCCUGCUAGAAAAUGAGUUUUCAAAUUAAAAAAAAAAAAAAAAAGUGUAUGGAAAGACUGAGAACAGAACUAUUAAAUCCUGUACAGCGUUAACCAUCAGGAUUGUUCACUACACUAUUGAUUUCUCCAUUUGAUUGAUUAAAGCUUUAUUCUGUAAUGUGAA